AUGAUAAGGCGCGCCUCUCCUCACUCUGUUCAUCUUUCUCUCCAUCCCAUCACCCUCAAGCCAAACCGCCAAACAUUCUCCUGGCACUCCUAUCUCUUCGUCGACCUUGUUUGCCAUUCAAACAUCUACCAGAGCCUUGACGUCUCUAGGUCUUUCGCCAUGGAGAAGGAGGCCAGCAUUGAAAUCCAGCAGAAGGAGUCGGUGGUGAUCGGCUCCGGCGGCAGCAUGAAGGAAGAAGCCCCCGCGGCUCCCUACUUUGAUCCGGUCGCCGAGAAGAAGCUUCGACGCAAGAUCGAUCUCUGCACAGUUCCGCCGGUCGCGCUUCUCUUCCUUUUGUGCUUCAUCGACCGUGCGAAUAUCGGAAACGCUCGUCUCGCCGGCUUCGAAGCCGACCUUGGGCUCCAGGGUCAAGACUACAACCUGAUCCUGUCCAUGUUCUACAUCUCCUACGCGGUUUCCGAAAUACCAUGCGUCCUCCUGUGCAAAUAUAUGGGCCCCGGCUGGUUCUUGCCACUCACAACUCUACUCUUUGGAGCUGUCACAAUCGGUACCGGUUUCUGCCAUACCAAGGGCCAGAUGCUCGCGGUCCCUGGUCUUCCGCCUGGGUCUCUACAUCGUCAUGACCCUCUUGCCGGCGCCUUUGGCGGUCUCCUUGCCUCCGGAAUCCUGACCCUUGAUAGCUUCGGUUCACUUACUCGAUGGCGCAUGAUCUUCGCCAUUGAGGGCAUCAUCACCUGCGUUGUUGCUGUUAUUCUCCUUGUUCUCUUGACUGACCGCCCGGAGACGGCGCGCUGGCUGAGCGAGGAUGAGAAGAAGUUGGCCAUCUCUCGCGUGAUGAGCGAGCGUGUAGGUCAGGAGGAAGUCGUCGACAAGAUGAGCUGGGCUAAGCUCAAGAGCGGUGUCUCUAACCCCAUCACCCUCCUCUCCGCCUUCAUUUUCUGCAUGGGCAACAUCACCGUGCUCGGCACCUCCUUCUUCCUGCCCACCAUUAUCCGUACCAUCUACCCCGGCCGUACUGUUGUGCAGCAGCAACUGCUCACUGUACCGCCUUACAUUGUGGGCGGUGUCCUUCUCCUGGCCGUCUCCUACCUCUCCAGCAAGCUCAACACCCGACAGAUCAUGCUCACAGCUAGCGCCCCCACCGUGGUCGCCGGAUACGCCAUUCUUCUCUCGAGCACCAACCCCAGCGUGCGGUAUGCCGCCAUCUUCUUGACUACCAGCUGCGCCUUCUUCAACGGAUCGCUGUGCGCCGCCCAAGUUAGCGCCAACACCGUCCUUGGGUGGAUACCUCGGAGGUCUCAUCGCCACCUGGACGUACCUCCCUGGGACGGACCCAUGUACCCCAUCGGCAACGGUCUCAACCUGGCGGUGGCCAGCACCAUUGGUAUUUCGUCCCUUCUUGGACUGUUCUGGAUGAACGCGGACAACAAGAAGCGCGACCAAAAGACCCCUGCCGAGAAGGAGGAGCUCCUAGCGGGCAUGAGCCGGCAGGAAAUCUCGGACUUGGAUUGGAGGCACCCCGAUUUCAGGUGGAGGCCCUAA